AUGGCGGACGGAAUCGACAGACGCGCCGAGGAGCGCAUGGAGUUUAGCACCUCCAAGGAGGUGACAGUGGCGCCUACUUUCGAGGAUAUGCACCUGAAGGAGAGCCUGCUUCGUGGAAUUUACGCUUACGGAUACGAAUCACCUUCGGCCGUGCAAUCGCGUGCGAUUGUUCAGAUCUGCAAAGGUCGCGACACUAUUGCUCAGGCCCAGUCAGGUACUGGUAAAACCGCCACAUUCGCUAUCAGUACUUUGCAGGUCAUUGAUACUGUCGUACGCGAGACCCAAGCUCUGGUCCUGUCCCCGACUCGUGAACUCGCAACCCAGAUUCAAUCCGUCGUCAUGGCUCUCGGUGAUUACAUGAAUGUUCAAUGCCACGCCUGUAUUGGAGGAACAAACAUUGGCGAGGAUAUCCGCAAGCUCGACUACGGCCAGCACGUUGUUUCUGGAACUCCUGGUCGUGUGGCUGAUAUGAUCCGUCGCCGCAACUUGCGCACUCGCCAUAUCAAGAUGCUCGUCCUCGAUGAGGCCGAUGAGCUUCUCAACCGCGGUUUCCGCGAACAAAUCUACGAUGUCUACCGCUACUUGCCCCCCGCGACGCAGGUUGUUGUAGUAUCUGCUACUCUCCCGUACGAUGUCCUGGAUAUGACGACUAAGUUCAUGACCGAUCCCGUUCGUGUCCUGGUCAAGCGUGAUGAGUUGACCCUGGAGGGUAUCAAGCAAUAUUUCAUUGCUGUGGAGAAGGAGGAGUGGAAGUUUGACACACUUUGCGAUCUUUACGACACCCUGACCAUCACCCAAGCAGUCAUCUUCUGCAACACCCGCCGCAAGGUCGACUGGCUCACCGACAAGAUGCGUGAGGCCAACUUCACUGUUUCUAGCAUGCACGGCGAGAUGCCCCAAAAGGAGCGUGACAGCAUUAUGCAAGACUUCCGCCAGGGUAACUCCCGUGUCCUCAUCUCCACUGAUGUGUGGGCCCGUGGUAUCGAUGUCCAGCAGGUUUCCCUUGUCAUCAACUACGAUCUUCCUACCAACCGUGAGAACUACAUUCACCGUAUUGGUCGAAGUGGUCGUUUCGGCCGCAAGGGUGUGGCUAUCAACUUUGUCACCAGUGAUGAUGUUCGCAUCCUGCGUGAUAUCGAGUUGUACUACUCUACUCAGAUUGACGAGAUGCCAAUGAACGUUGCGGACUUGCUUUCAUAA